GCUGCAAUAAGGGAACAUUACAUUUUUUUUUCUUUUCUCCAAAAACUCCAAUUUUCUUCCAUCUGAUUUUUUUUUUCUGCAUCUUCAAUCGAAUCUCAAUAAUUUCAGCAUAAUCUUCAAUCAAUCAAGCAAGCAAUUCAUCAAUGGCGCUCGAUGAUCCGUACCGUGACGAGGAUGGAGAGCCAUUGAUGGACUAUGACGACAUCCAAUCAGACGACGAUCAGGUGCAGUUGCCUCCAAACGACGACGUUCAAGACUUCAACGACGUGGAUGAUGAUGAUGAAGAAGGAGGAGGCAAUGGGAAUUGGAACCAGGAGCCGAAAGCGAAAACCCGAAAGCGGCUUAUUAAGAAGAGUGAUGAUCAUUCUUCUAUGCCACCUGAAUUUAAUGAUUUUGCUGAUGAAGAUGAUGUUGGUGAACCUGAGUAUGGUUCAUUCCCUGAGGAGGAGGAGGAGGAACCGUCUCCGUCGAUAUCGAAGAAGAGGAAGGAUAAAGGGAUGAUGAAGGAGGGAGGAGAGAAGAGGAGGAAAGAGAAGAAGUUGAGGAAAGAUAAGUAUAGUAGUUCUGCUGGUGGUAGUGAUGGUGGGAAGGGGAAAUUGAGCUUAAGGCGAAAGAAGGGCAACGAUGAGGGCGAUCCCGAGAUGAAGGAGAUGUGGGAUACUAUUGCUGGUGGUGAUUCUGAGGAUGAUCAAGAGGGUAUGAAGACAUUAGAUGAUGACAAUUUUAUAGAUGACACUGGGGUGGACCCUGCUGACAUGUAUAAUGAUCGCGAGGCAGCUUCUCCCAGCCGUUUUGACCAGGCAGAGGAGGGUGAGGAAGAUGAUGAAAUGAGGGAUCUUUUCAAAGGGGGCAAGAAGAAGAAGAAGAAUGAGAAAAGUGCUGCAGAAAUUGCAGAGUUGGUGGAGACCCUUAUGGCUGAGCUUGAAGUUGUAGCUGAAGAAGAUGCUGUAUUAAAUACACAGGGGAAACCAGCCAUCAAUAAGCUCAGGAAGUUGCCACUUCUUACACAGGCUCUUUCCAAGAAACAACUUCAACAUGAAUUUCUGGAUCACGGGGUCUUAACGUUGUUAAAAAAUUGGCUGGAGCCACUUCCUGAUGGAAGCCUACCCAAUAUCAAUAUACGUGAAGCUAUAUUAAGGAUCUUAACUGAUUUUCCUAUUGAUUUGGACCAAUAUGAUCGAAGAGAACAAUUGAAGAAGAGUGGACUUGGAAAGGUCAUUAUGUUUUUAUCCAGGUCAGAUGAAGAGACAACAUCAAAUAGGAAACUUGCCAAGGAUUUGGUUGAUAAAUGGAGCCGUCCAAUUUUCAAUAAGAGCACUAGGUUUGAGGAUAUGAGAAAUGUUGAGGAGGAAAGAGUUUACAGGCGACCACCAGUGAAAAAACCGGCAAAUAAAUCCUCAGGGCUGGAAUCUAAAGACGAUGAUCUUGAGUUUUCAUCGGGACGGAAGGCUGGCCCAUCUGCUUCUAGGCAACAUGCGUCCAGGCCAGAAGCAACUCCCAUGGAUUUUCUGAUUCGCCCUCAAUCCAAGAUUGACCCUGACGAGAUACGAGCACGAGCUAAACAACAGCAACAGGAUGAACGUCGUAUGAAGAUGAACAAAAAGAUGCAACAACUAAAGCAGAUGAAAAAGAAGAAGCUUCAAGCUACAAGUGUCAGUGUGGAGGGUCGGGGCAUGGUGAAAUACUUAUGAUGCUGCGUAUGCUAAAUAACAUGGUGUUUCGAACUUCCAUGAAAGAAUGGCAGUGCCGAUGGAACUCAAUAAGGUCAGGAUGCUGCACACAAGUCACGAGUGGCGAUCGGUGAUUAUAGAUGUUAUCCCUCUUCUAAUGUAUGUGCUGCGUCUGGGGAUAACUUUCAAUCUAAAUCAACACUGGGAUUGAAGCCAUAGUGCUCUCUUAAUUAUGCUUUGUCUUAUUGGUUCCAUGUGCCAGAUCUUUUUUCAGCCAAACCAUCAUAGGUUUUCUCCUCAAUUGUAAUUUCUUUCAAGUAUAGCUUCCAUUGUUAUAGCACCUCCUGCUUCGUGCAAAGUGAAAAAUGGAGAGAAUCUGCCCUUCAUGUAUUUGAACAUCGUUAGAAUACCAGUUAUUGUUGGCCUUCCGACAAAAUUUGAGUGGUAAAUCAUAGUCUUCGGAAUUGUUCUUUA